UUACUUCCACUUUUUACACGAAAUCUGACUCCAACUUGAAGUGCUGAGAACAAGCUCGCACGAACACUGUUGUUUUCAACCAUCAAGAAACACCUCGUCCUUAUUCACCCAAUGCUAUCUAGGCUGUCUAGGAGACUCUUCUCCGAACUAUACAGGGUAAUGGCGAUCUUUAUCUCGCGUUUUUAUGUAGGGCGGCUUCUUAUGUGGUAUCGCUCACAAUGUUCCAGCGGCUGCCGCCCGGGCCCUAGAAGCGGCAUCGGUACCUUGUGUGGUCUGGGGAGACCAUGUUUAUCGUAUCAGGGUGCGAAUCAAGUGUCGAGGAUGGCCGGUUUCAUCGUUGCAGAGGAAUACCUGUCUAGGGCGGUGGAUAUACUUGUCACUGCGGGUCUUCCUAGAUGCACCUGCGUUGAUGUGUGUCAUACGUCUGACCCUUAUUUCCGGAACCACGCACCCACACACUUCAUUGUGGAUCAGUACAACAUAAUAUUUCUGGCCACUUCGGACAUGGUUCUGGGCGACUCGAAUCCCUUCGAUCUUGCUUAUUUGGUGCGAUACGUCCCGCUCACGCAGAAGGGCACUCGCUCCUUCCCUGUGGAUCAUCGUCCCGACGGCUCCCGACAUGCAACUGGAGCCGCUGUGACCGAAUACCAGACCGUGCGCUUUCUGGAUCCACGGAGCCUUGCCAUGCUUCACUUGUACCUGCGGCGCGGAAGCGCGGGUACUUCUCGCGACGGCAUCGGCCUCACAUGGGACAGCGUCCUGGCCCUUGUGGCGUUCGACAUAGACCAGGACAACCAGCUUGUUCAUUCAAUCAGGGACGAGCAAUUGCGCGCCGAUUACGUUUUCCUCAAGGGUUGAAAUGAUUCGAGCCCAGGUCCGCUACUCAAGCGUAGCAGCCACACUACCCCUAUCGACCCGGAUGGCUGUGCACGUCGGUAUACCUCGACUCGUGCACACGCACGUCACAAGUAUCAGUCUCGUCCAGACUAUCCCUGAUCCCUGUCGCGCACCA